AUGGUGGUCCAUUGCGAUCGUGUACCUAGUUGGCAAACACGUGGUUUGCUUGCCUGGUGCAUCUUAUCGACCGUACUGUUGCUGCUACUGCUGCUACCGCUAGUGUCGAUUGCUGAGAGCUAUGGGUACGAUUCAGCAUCAUCUUGCGAUCCGACGCGUGCAUCGCGCCGCGGUCGUUCCCAGCUGUUGAAAACCAUUCCGUGCGAUCUGAGCGUACAGGCGUAUUGCAAUUUGCCUGGUUCGGCAUACCCCUGGCAUGCCGUUCGUCGGUUUGUGCACGAAAACCAAGGCCUCAUGCGCCGGAUGUACGGCGACGUACGGCACAUCUCGGUACUGAAGGAGGAGUUCGAAAACAACGAGAUCGACAUUGAUGAUAUCGAUCGUGCUACGGAACGGUACACGCGUCCUGCCGAACAUGUUGGUGGCGUUGCCGGUUCCGGUAGAGACGGCAAGCGGAUGAAGUAUUUGCGACCAUCGGUGGCACAUUACGAUGUGGGACCGGGUCACUAUCCACGUGACAAGUCCAACGAGAUCCCACUCAAUGAGCCACAUUUCCGUCCAACCCAGAUGAAGGCAACGGUGACAACAACCGUGAAACCUAGCAGUACCACCGGUGCCACCACGAGCACUAAGGCGGCAUCGCCAGAAGAAGAAUCGAACUUCAUCUCUUCCACGGAAAAAGGUGUGCUUUCAACAACUGCGAGCAGUACCAGCACGAGUACUACCGUUGAAUCACCUCCACCGAAACAGGCUAAUAAAGCGUCAACUGGACAAACGAAUCAACCGACCACACAGACUACGUUGGAUCUACAACAAUCAAAUCCAUCCGUCGCUAGCAACGCUGAACAACAGGCAGCUACUACCGUUGGCACGGCAACAGUGACCGAAAAGUUGGAUGGUGUAGGUGCAAUACAUGACGUAUCGCCCAGUAACAACAAUACGAUUCAACCAUCGGACGCUGAACCAAUCGACAUGGAUGCUCUCUCAUCACUUGCCAAGCUAGAAACGAACGAGCCGCUGCAAACGACCUCAGCUAACAAAGCCGUACAGGAGACAAUCGACAAAAUAUCGUCCACAUUGAAGCUCGCCUCAUCCAAUACAUUGCAGCAGGUAGACAACAUCGAUCGUAAGCAUGUCUCUGUCACGGAAAGUGGCUCGAAGGUAGCAGAGGUUGAGUCCACUAUCAGUACCUAUCCCAACGAUCGACAAGAUACGGGUGCGGUGGUGUCGGACGAUAUUGCUACGGAUGAUACAGAACCACCCAGCAGCGGCAAAACUGUCGCAGAACCGCUGAUACAACACGAGACAGCGCCAUCAACGAGCAACAGUGCACAGCAGCAGAAAAUACGAUUCGAGAGCAUUAAACCACACUCAGGAACGGCUGGCAGCACGGUGUCGGUGAAAAAAACUAACCCCGAAGGGCAACUAUUCCAGGAUGUGGCCCAGAAAGAACCGCCUGUCGUUAAUGGUCGUGGAGUUAACGCCUGCCCGGUGAAGGAGGAAGUUGUCGCACCAUUCUGGGCCAACAACACCCGCGGGGAGGUGCUGGCACUGCUGAAUCUGUAUCCGUUCGAACAGUACGUACAUUGGGAGAAGUGUACGCACGAACUGAAGCAGAUGUACUGCCGGGAGGGUUGCCGCUGUGAGCAACAGUAUCGUUUGCAUCGGCUGCUCGCGUACGAUCCACACAACGAGUGUCGGGGCAUCUUUUCCGACUGGUUCCGGUUUCCGUCGUGCUGCAUCUGCAAGUGUUACGAUAUGCCGUUCGAUUUCCGCGUCACCUCGCGAAGCCCCCGCUCGCUGACCAAGGAAUCGAUCGAGCUGGUGGAGGAUGAACUGCAAAACGCCAUCUACGAGCAUGCGGCUGACGAAUGGUACAGGCCGAAGGAAAAUGAUGUUGAUUAA